AUGGAAUCUCCAACAAAAAGGCAGAAAAUAUCCGCGGAGCAUAAUGAUGUCGACCUCGAAAUUAACGAUGAUUACUCCGAGACCAAUAGGGAGACUGAGGAAGACGACUUCAUUGUUGAUGAUGAGUACGAUGAUAUACUUUACGAGCCUGGAUAUGACCCCGAUCAGGAGCUCCAGCAGAAGAGAGCCCGACUCGACUACAAAUUAAAAUCCACAUUUGAAUCUAUCUUCGAAAAGUAUGGGAAAGAUUUCGAGGGAGUGGGAGAUGAAAUUGACCUUCGCACUGGAGAAAUAUUGGUUGAUAAUGGUCAUCUGAAAGAGAUGCAAGAUGAGCGGGAUGCUGGAAACCUGCUGAGAGCCUUGACUGUAGAACCAGAGAGUGUCACAGAGACAUCUGGUGAUGAAUAUAGCAUUGAAGAGGAAGGAGAGGACGGGGAAGAAAGAAAUGAUGAGCACGACGAAACGGAAGACGGAGAUAAUGCCGUUGAGAUUAGUGAUGGGGACAUGGAGGAGGACGACAUGAUUUUACGAGGCUACGAUGAACCGAACCAGGAUCCCUUCGUUGAUGUGGUAGCUACCACAGAAUUAGGACCCGCGCAGAAUGAUUUUCAAGACGUUUUACAAAACCGCCGAAAUCUGCAGAUCGAUGGAGGAAGUGAUUCUUUUCCAUCGUACAACGAGCUUUUACGUUCAUUUGGGCCAGAAGUUGCCCCUCAAAUUGUGAAUAUUAUUUCACGACAACAAGGCCAAGACGACAGUCACAUCGAACCAGCCUGGCGGGUGCCUGAAUUACCUGCAUCGGAAUCAAGAAAGCGUCCAGCGUUGAGAGCUCUCGUCCCUGAGCCAGAAAGUGGGCGCAGUCCAUCUCCCGAUAUGUCUGAGUCGAUAUGGGCUUUACCAAAGGGUCGAAGACCAAGAGGACCAUACAAACCGAGGGGACCAAAGUUUCUCGGCGACAAGAGAUUACUUUCGGAUGAACUAAACACUUCAGACUAUACUGCGUUAAGUUCACCACGAUUACGAAAUUUUUUCACGAAAGAAGAGGAUGAAUCGCUCAUUGCAAAAGUAGCUGAAGCACGCGAUCAGGGUCUCCCAUUCCUCAAGGAAUCUAUCUGGGAAGAACUUGAAAGUCAGAAUGCUCGGCACUCGAAAUCAUCGUGGAAGACGAGGUAUCGGUCAAAGUACUCACAUCUGUGGUCUCCGGCAGACUCAACUAGACCCAGGUCUCGCGGGCCUUACCGUACUAAAUGUCGAGAGGAGCUAAAACCUAGCAUUAAUUCUACGUCACGCAGUCCACAUCCGGUAUAUUUUCCUCAGCGGCCAUCUAGGACUCGAAAACCUACACAGCAGGGGUCAAAUUUAGUUAGUUGGACAGAUGCUGUCGCUACAAUCAAAUCCUUGGAUCCUAGGCUGCACAAAGACUUGGCCAAAGACGCCAGUUUUUACGACCUGACUGAUGUCAAACUCGUGGAUGUAAAUGAAGAUGCCUUGAAUUUAAGGAGCUCUGAUCUGGAACUCUCCAAGGACAACGAUGACGAGCCGGGACUUCCUGCACAUACUGGAUCUGGGGUUCAGAGGAUUGCGCCCGUAACUAUUAAUCCUGCAUACGAAUUUUCGGAUGAAGAAGCUGUACCGGAUUUCAAGGCAACGCAACCCUCAGAUAUCUCAACAUCCAAGCUUAAAGAAAAGAAAGGUUCUUGGCUCAAAACCCCCCAGCCCGAGAAAGGAAUGAGAAAAUCAAACAGUAGUACAUUGAAAGAAGGAACCAGUGGAAAAAUGAGAUCUCGACACAGUAAGGCUCGGAAGGAGCUCAGCGCCGAAUGGCCACAACUAGUUCCUACAGCUUGUCCGGAGAAAUUCAUAGCCCAAUACGAUACCGUUGAACUAGCCGAUACGCCGAAAAAUACCAAUAUUGAUCUGUUCGAUAUCGAUCAGCUUCCGGAAACGUCACCAAGAAGUGCUCUUGAUGCACGGCAAAAAUCUAGAACGAACAAGAAAUUCAGCAGUGACGCUGUUAUCCCUUCAACUUCAUCGCAACUCAAACCGUCUCCCACUGCUGCGAUAUAUAGGGGAAUUCGCUCGAGAACCCAGCAGAGGACAGACUCUGUCGAUGAUGGCCCUGUACCACCUACCUCAUCACUUAUAGACUCCUCCCCUACACCCCGACCCAAGCGGAAAUUCACUGAUACCGACGAGAAAGCAACCACAUCCCUAACAGCAACUCGCAAAGUCGAUCAGGAGACCAACACAUCCAUGUCUGAUACCGAAGACAUGCCUCUCCAAAACAUGAUCGACGGCAACACAACGCCAACUCCCAAAUCGGUUUUUGCAGGGGGCAUUAUCACAUCGACUCACAGCGAAACAAACAAGUCAAGAACUCCCCUCCUUGAUUUUACCACACCCACCCGAAGAGAUCUAACGAGAAAAGGGGGAUUGAGAGAUGCAUCACGCAGUCCUGGAAUGGUGAAGACACUAGGAGGAACGAUGAGAAAAUGCGGAAAAGGUGGGUUUUUGUGCAAACAGUCUUUUUGCUUUAAAUGUGGUGUGGGCUCCAAGAGCGCGAAGUGUUAA